CUCCCAGCUGACACCCAAAACAGUCAAUUCUCAUCUGCACCAUGGCCACUGCUGUCCUCUCCCGCAAGGCCGGCGUCAUUGUCGGCGACGAUGUCCUGAAGCUCUUCAACUAUGCGCAAGAGAAGAACUUCGCCAUUCCCGCCAUCAAUGUCACCUCCAGCUCCACUGUAGUUGCGGCCCUUGAGGCUGCGAGGGAUGCCAAAGCUCCCAUCAUUCUGCAGAUGUCACAAGGUGGUGCUGCCUACUUUGCCGGCAAGGGCGUCGACAACAAGAACCAGGAGGCUUCCAUCGCUGGAGCUGUUGCCGGAGCCAACUACAUCAGGAGUGUGGCGCCAGCCUACGGCAUCCCCGUUAUUCUCCACACUGACCACUGCGCGAAGAAGCUGCUUCCUUGGCUCGAUGGUAUGCUGAGCGCAGAUGAGGCUUACUUCAAGACUCAUGGCGAACCCCUAUUCAGCAGCCACAUGAUCGAUCUCAGUGAAGAGGCCGUUGAUUGGAACAUCAAAACCACUGCCGAAUACCUCAAGCGCGCGGCGCCAUUGAAGCAGUGGCUAGAGAUGGAAAUCGGCAUCACUGGUGGCGAGGAAGAUGGUGUGAACAACGAGGACGUCGACAACAACUCACUCUACACCCAGCCCGAGGACAUCUACGAGAUCUACAAGACUCUCUCCCCUAUCAGCCCAUACUUCUCCAUCGCCGCCGGUUUCGGAAACGUUCACGGUGUCUACAAGCCUGGAAACGUCAAGCUUCAGCCAGGUCUGCUCAAGAAACACCAGGCUUACGUCAAGGAGAAGAUUGGUGCCAAGGAGGAGAAGCCGGUCUUCCUGGUCUUCCACGGUGGCAGUGGCUCCACGGUCGAGGACUUCAGGGAAGCUAUCUCAUACGGUGUCGUCAAGGUCAACUUGGAUACUGAUCUCCAAUGGGCCUACCUCACCGGCAUCCGUGACUACGUCCUUAACAAGCAGGAAUACAUCAAGACUCAAGUCGGUAACCCAGAUGGCGAGGACAAGCCCAACAAGAAGUACUACGACCCCCGUGUGUGGGUCCGCGAGGGCGAGAAGACCAUGACCAAGCGCAUCAUAAUCGCGCUCGACGACUUCAACACUGCUGGUAAGUUGUAGGUCGAAAUGCGUCGUGGGUCAAGGUAAAUGAGAAGGAAAGGAAUUGGACUCCGGGGCCGAUUGCAGGCAGAAGGAUGGCGUCUAUCCCCCUUUUUGCGGCCUAUAUGUAACUAGAGAACGAAGUUCCGA